AUGGCGGAACCAUAUAACACACCCAUACCAGGCUCAACACCCCGCUCUGGCUCACCAGUUCCGCAUCCUCUUCGCCACCCAACGCUUGUCAACCACUCACGAACACCUGCCCCAAAACCACGGGUCUUGCAUCUCGGUGACCCCAUACGUUUCAACCAAAACACAUAUGACCUUCUAUCCUCUCAAUAUGAAGUCAUCCGACCGUCGACGCCUGACCGUGAACGAGCAGCCUUUGCACAGAGUCUAAGGGAGGGCAAAUGGGGCGACUUCCAAGGCAUCUUUCGCCCGUUUUGGCGCUCAGGAGGCGAGAUGGGCAAGUGGGAUGAAGAAUUGAUCAAGUUAUUGCCAGAGAGCGUAAAGGUAUUUGCCAGUGCGGGUGCUGGCUACGACUGGGUUGAUACAAAGUCGUUAGGUGAACGAGGAAUCAUUUACUGCAACGGAGGAAUGGCGCCUGCAGAUGCAGUUGCUGACUUGUCCGUCGCCAUGGUAAUCUCUACAUUCCGCUAUAUACCGUGGUGUAUUACGGCAGCAACAUCCAACUCUCCGUCUGCCUUUACAGACUGUCAUCUCGACUCACCGGCACAAUGCCACAAUUUGCGAAACCACAUUCUCGGUAUAAUUGGUCUGGGAAAUAUUGGUCAACGCAUAGCCACGAGAUGUCACCUCGGAUUCGGAAUGAAGAUUCACUACUUUGAUGUGGAACAGAAAUCAGCCACAGUGGAAGGUGCCCUCUCUGCGACAUUCCACGACACAUUGGAGUCCUUGCUUCAAACAGCUGACUGCGUGAUACUGUGCACGCCAGCUGGGUUUGGGGGCGACACUAUCAUUAACUCAUCUACGUUGAAGCACUUCCGCCAGGGGGGCAGGUUUGUGAAUAUUGCGAGGGGAGCGCUGGUCAAUGAAGAUGAUUUGGUGGCAGCACUGGAAUCAGGACAGCUCAGUUCCGUCGCGCUGGAUGUGUUUGCAAAUGAACCGCAUGUUCAUGAGGGUUUGAGAAAGUUUGCAGCCAAAGGAAAAGCAAUGUUGACAUGUCACAACGGUGGUGGCACAGUGGAGACACAUGAGGGAUUUGAAGAAUUGAGCAUGCGCAAUGUCAUGGCUGUGCUGAGCGGUGGCCAGGCCUUGUCGGCUGUUAAUUUGGAGGACGUGAGACGGUGA